AAAUUGGAACCUCUAACCACGAACAACUUUGCUGAAUGGAGAUGGCGCAUCGACAGGGUCCUCGAGGCUGGAGGUGCUUAUGAACCUCUGUUCGAUGUAGAUCCAGAUACCAACAAACCUUGGACUCGUCCCUACGAUGACAUCGAGGAUGCGACCCAACUCAGUGAAGAGCAGAAGGCUGAACGUGAAUCUUGGGAUAGAUGUAUGAGGACCGCUGCCCACUGGAUCAGCACUGCCGCUGGGAGACAAAACCAUGGGAUUACUGAAGCAUUCCUUACCAAAAGAGACCCAAAAGGCAUGUUGGAAGCGCUCAAGGAUAAUUAUGCACCCCGUCACAUGGGUGCUCUCUUUCAAGCAAUGUGCAACCUCUUUGAAGUGGAACAACUCGAAGGUGAAACUUGGGACAAAUUUAUAUAUUGUAUCGACUCUUUGGGCAUGAGGAUGACUGAUCUCAUACCCGAGCACUGCACGAUUUCCGAUAUCGUCAAACUUCUAAAGGCAUACAACAUAGCAAAGAAUGUUCCAGGUGGCCAUAUCCUACGGAGCAAGAUCAUCUCAAACCCGGAGUUCAACUAUGAUCAAGUCGUCCACUCUGCCAGGAAUUUGACACCACCCCCUCCCAAUCGUUCAUCUCUUCCGACUAUUGAUACCCUUACCUUCAUGGCAAAUGAAU